GUUUUUUUCUCACCGAUAUCAGGCCAAACGACUACCAGCUCAAGGGUGACAACUUUCACGAGUUACAAGUAUAAAAUAAUUAUAUAUCAAACCUAAAAAGUAAACAAAAAGAAAAAAAAAGAAGCCCACACUUCAAAAAUGCCUUCCCAAAAACCAACAAUCCUCCUCCUCAACGGCCCAAACCUCAACCUGCUGGGCACGCGCGAGCCGCAAAUCUACGGCUCGACGACGCUCUCCGACGUGCAAGAGCGCUGCCUCGCGCUGGCGUCGUCCCUCGACGUCGAGCUGCGCCACGUGCAGUCGAACCACGAGGGCGCGCUCGUCGACGCCAUCCACGCGCUGCGGCGCGACCUGCCGCUGGCCGGCGUGGUCAUCAACCCGGGCGCCUUUACGCACACCAGCGUCGCCAUCCGCGACGCGCUGCUGGGCGUCGGCGCGCCGUUCGUCGAGCUGCACGUCUCCAACGUCCACGCCCGCGAGGCCUUUCGGCACCACAGCUACCUGAGCGACAAGGCCGUCGCGGUCAUUUGCGGCAUGGGCGUCGACGGGUACGCGGUCGCGGUCGAGUUUAUGGCCAAGAGGUUGAAGGCGCAGGCUGCGGCCAAGUUGUGACGUGUUUUCUUUUUUUUUUUUUUUUUUUGGCGAGGAUGGUUGUGCUUGGGGCUGUAUCUUGUGCUCAAUUUACCAACCGCUUUUGAGAAAAAUGUACCUAUACGUAGAUGGGAACGCAAGCAAAAAGCAGCCCAAAAAGCGCAAAAAGAUCAAAAAGAUCAAAAUAAUGCAAUGCU